GAGAACAGCCGCAUACCAUCGAACUGUUUGUUUACUUAGCGUUGCCAUGUUCACCGCCGCAUGUAAAUACAACGAGAAUCGGAUACCGACGGCCAAGAACCGCGCCGAGUCGCAACGCAAUGUGGACAUCUCUGGGUCCGGCUCACAAUGACUGGACCGUACCGGGCGCUGGACAAUGAAUGACCAGUGUCGGCAAGGGUUCACGAGUGCUGCGAUACUUCGAGCCGUCCACAGCACCACCUGGGAAAGCAAGUCGGUGCGCCAUGGCGGCCACGGCCACCCCUAGAGGCCGUCCCAGCAACGAAGAGCUCUUGCGCAAACCCCCGCAAGAGAUCCUGCGCUGGCUGCAGAAAGUCGAGGCCGAGAACCUCAAGCUCAUGUUUGACCAUGGCACCAUGAUGCGGGAGGUCAACCGGCGCAUGCAGGUACAUUUGAUGGAGAUCCGCAGCCUGCGGGAGGUGAACGAGCGUUUGCAGCGGGACAGCCAGGAGCUGAGAGAUCUGUGCUGCUUCCUGGACGACGACCGGCAGAAGGGCCGCAAGCUGGCCCGGGAGUGGCAGCGGUUCGGGCGCUACACGGCCUCGGUCAUGCGCCAAGAGGUGGCUGCCUACCAGGGCAAGCUCAGGGGCCUGGACGCACGCCAGCAGGACCUCCUCAGGGACAACCUCCAGCUCAAGGAGCUCUGCCUGUACCUAGACCAGGAGCGCCUGCAGAGCACGUGCUCCUCGUGCGGCGUCCCGUCCGAAGAUCGUCGCGACGACGGCGACGGCAGUUCGUCGUCUACCAUCACCAACCAGGAGGACACGCUCUCCCCCUCCUCUCCUCCCCCACCCCCCCACCCUCCUCCGAUGGCGGGAGGGGGCAUGCCACCCAUGCGUCAUCCGGCGCCACCUGGGAACAGGGGUCCACCACCGCCGGCGUUGCGAGUUCAUCAGCCCUCAUCGAGAUCUGCGGCAAUAGAGGAGGCCAUCCACCGGCAUCGAACCAUCAUCAACGAGCAAGUGCUGCGCUACAUCAGAAAUCUGGAAAGGCGCAUCGAACUCUUGGAGUUGGAAAAGAAUGGAAAGGAAAUGCCGAACUUGGAAGGGUUGCAGAAGCAGUCUGGCAACGGUGAAAGGAAGUACCAGAGCGGCAUCCCUCGAGCUCCCCUCUACCGACGGGCGGAAGAGGCCAACUGCAUCGGGGUGCCUCGCAUGCACGCUGGAAACGGCCUGGAGCACUCGGAACCGUACGUGGGGGUGGCAAGACCGGAAGCCGUCGUGCACGCAAUGAAGGUUUUGGAAGUUCACGAACAGCUGGACAAGACCACGGAUAGCGAACUCGAGUUUGAAGAGCUCGCCGAAGGAGAGAAGGCGCUUGUCAGAGAAAUGUGCAACGUUGUGUGGCGGAAGUUGGAAGACGGACCGACUUGAGGAAGAGCAGAAGGGGUGGCCAAGUCUCCAAAGGAGGUUGAAAUACUCGGAAGAAAGAGAAACGAAGACGUGCCAACGCACCGCCAUGCAUUCUGGGCAACCGCGCUCGUUUCCGAGAUGCAUGCCAUCGCGACUCUUUUUCGACUGUUUUACGCAAUCGAAGGGCGUGCGGGGAUGCCCUUUUGCUCCCGUGCACCCCUCGGAUCAACGACCACCUUAGUAUUAUUAUCAAACCCUUUUCUAAACGCAUUCCGCAAAUUAUUUUUGUUUCGGAUGUCGUGCCUCGUUUCUCGCCGAGCUCCCGCCAUUUAGAGAGGCUCGACGGGACUUGAGUGCGUACAAAAAGGCGAGAGUGACGACGCAUAAAUUGUGCUCGUAUUCCUGCGGUUUGCCCCGUGUCAGUACAGGUCGCUUCGGAUCUCGAAGGUCACAACUAGGUGUCGUAAGAAGCUGCCAAGUGUGCAGGAACAAAACUUUGGAGGUCUGUUCUGAGCGGUUAUGUGCCUGCGUCAUUAUUUCGCUUCUUGUAAUUUAAUGAUACGCUUCGCUUCGAGGGACCACGAAAUGCUUUGCUCGAUUUCGCUAAAUACUGUUCAGACGUGAUCACAGACGUGUAGGUUAAGUCCACACACACACUGUUGCAGAAACCACGGAGUUGGUAAUACUGGGCUGUGCUCCAGACAUUAUCAAAGUUUGGUGACUUCCAUCGCCAUACUUAUGCCACCAAACAAGCCACACCUCAAAGUAUGGGCACUCCAUUCCCAAAUUUUCUUUUAGGCGCCGCCAUUUUUUUGUUGCCAUUUUGGUGCUUGGUGCAGAGCGAUCGCAAUCACCAAUCGUUACAGUUCAAAAAUGCAACUUUCUAAUCUUUCGACACGGUUUUAGUACGCUCGGGCAACGUCGUUCUGCUCCAUCGCGUACCAUUGUAACAUUUCUAGAAAACUGAAAAACAUUUUUCGCAAUUUCAGGUAUAGCUUCAGGCAACUGGAUAAAUAGUAAACGCCACAUGCGUUUACCAAAAUUCAAGCCCCACAUCGUUUCAUGGUCCCUGUAAGGUGCAUUUCUACAUAAUCAAAACUUGACAAGGUUGUGAAGAGGUGUUUAUUUAUGCAGCGUCAUUCCGUCCCUUCCACUUCAGUGUUUCGCGUGCUCGACAUCGUAAGCACCUUGCGUGAUAAGGUACUCAAAAAGCGUGUGAGAUUACGGGCCCCACGCAAAGAGUUUUGUCUCUCAUUCUAACGACUCGCUCGGUCCAAUGGAUAGAAAAUAAAAGUAUUUUACAUUAACCCGCCGAAUUUUCGGGGCGACUGGCCGUCGUAACACUGGAUGCGUCCGACAGAGCUUGCUGUGAUUUGGUGUCAGGGUAUCCAAGCUUCUUUGUGGAGCAUAAAAUGAAAAUGAGACUACUACUAACAUAAACAUGUAAAUACGGUGUGCGUGCGACGGUCGCAGAACGUACCAGGGUUUAGGAACGUUGUACAGUGUACUGCAUGUGUCGUGUUAAUUUUUGCAAAAUGCCAUACGAAUAAUUUGGUGUUCGUCAGCUCGAGACGUGCACGUAAAAGUGCCAUCUUGGAAGUCCGUUUUCAGUCGCGUACAGUGGGGUGCCUUGGUGGUGCUUUUUUUAAAAGAAAAAGCUGCGUUUCACCGAAGGCCAAUAUCAAAAGCUGGUAGAAACAAGCGCCAAGAAACUGGUUUUGUGUGAUCAAAACUUGAAUCUUGGCCAUGUUUUUCGGGCGUCAGCUUUUCACCUUUUUGCCGCGUCGACGGAAACUGGAUGAACUCGGAACUCGCAAACAUAGAAUGUACAUAGCUGUCGAACAAGCAUUUAUUAUACCGACUAGAUCUGUCGUGCUUUUUUUUUUUUUUAGAAUAUAUUAUACAAUGUACAAGUGCCACGAAAACAUUGUGCCUUGCAGAUAAUGCCGCCGUAUUUUUGUUACAGGUUGAUGAGCAGAGUUUAAUGAAAGAUUGUUCUCCCUUUUUACACUGCGCAUUUUGUAUACAAAACCGUAAGGGUGCGUCGCGAGAUCAGCAGCUUGUAGAAAUGUCUGUGCUACUGCGCUGCAAACCUGUUUUUCCCUACUGACCUGGUAUUUUGUGCUAAUCUUUUCUCCACGCAAACAAAAAUUGGUGUUUCUGUGUUGUGAAAUAAGCGCAGAAGUUGAAUAAAGAAAUAUAACGACUGCUUUUACCCCUGAAA